CGGGCGAGCGUGACGCUGCGGCGCACGUCCUUGGCGAUGAAGGAGUCCUGCGCCAGCGCGCGCACGGCUUCGACCGGGUGGUUGCGCAUGGUGCGCAGCACGUCCAGCCGCACGACGGAGAAGAAGUCGGACCAGGUGGCCUCCUCGUCGGCCGCGUUCAGCAUCUUGACGAGCGACGCGGUGUAGAAGGUGCUCAGGUUGGCCGAGGCCGGCGCGAUGGCCGGCUUGCCGGCGCCGGUGGAGAAGGCGACGAGGAAGCCGGGCGGCACUUCGAUCUGGUUCAGGCCGUCGCUGGCCUGCACGGCGGCGCGGAUGUUGGUGCGGCAGGCGUCGAUGACGCAGAUGGUCAGCGCGUUCGGGCGUGCGGGCAUGCGCUCGACGACGUCCUUGAUGACGCUGACGCUGCUGCGGCCCAGCACGUCGGCCUUGGCCUUGGGGCUGGUGCCGGCGCCGACGAGCAGGCUCUCGGCGUCGAGCUGCAGGCCGUGGCCGGUGAAGUAGAAGAAGGCGACGGUGUCCGGCGGGCUGGCCUUGACGCUGGCGGCGAAGCCUUCGAUGGCCUGGCGGGUCUUGGCGGCGUCGACGUCCAGUGCGUCGGUGACGCUGAAGCCGCGCUGUUCGAGCGCGGAGCGCAGGUCGUGCACGUUCUUCGUGCCGGCGUUGAUGGCGGUGGUGCCUGUGUAGGUGUUGGCGCCGGUCAGCGAGGUCGUGCCUGUGGCCUGCUUCACCAGAUCGCCGCUGCCAGCGAUGACGGCGGCGACGGUGAGGGCGUUGCUGCGGUCCAGUACGAGCGUGCCGUCGUUGGUGACGGUGCCGGUGCCCAGCGUGCCGGUCGUGCCGCCGUUGCCGACAUUGACGGUGCCGCCCGCCGCGAUGGCGGUGGUGCCGCUGUAGGUGUUGGCGCCGGUCAGCGUGAGGGUGUUGGUGCCCUGCUUGUCCAGCGCGCCGGUGCCGCCGAUGGCGUUGGCCACCGUGACGGCGUCGCUGCGGUUGAUGGCAGCGUGCCGUUGUUGGUGACCGGCGCCCGAACCCAGCGUGCCGGUGGUGCCGCCGUUGCCGACACUGAGCGUGCCGCCUGUGGCGAUGGUGGUGGUGCCGCUGUAGGUGUUGGCGCCGGUCAGCCGCGCCGGUGCCGCCGAUGGCAUUGGCCACGUGACGGCGUUGCUGCGGUUGACGACCAGCGUGCCGUUGUUGGUGACCGGCGCCCGAGCCCAGCGUGCCGGUGGUGCCGCCGUUGCCGACGCCAGCGUGCCGCCGGAAGCGAUGGUGGUGGUGCCGCUGUAGGUGUUGGCGCCGGUCAGCGUGAGGGUGUUGCUGCCCUGCUUGUCCAGCGCACCGGUGCCGCCGAUGGCGUUGGCGAUGGUGAUGGCGUUGCUGCGGUUGACGACCAGCGUGCCGUCGUUGGUGACGGCGCCCGAGCCCAGCGUGCCGGUGGUGCCGCCAUUGCCGACGCUGAGCGUGCCGGCAUUGAUGGCGGUGGUGCCGCUGUAGGUGUUGGCGCCGGUCAGCGAGGUCGUGCCGGCGGCCUGCUUCACCAGGUUGCCGUGCCGGCGAUGACGGCGGCGACGCGCGCCGGUGCCGCCGAUGGCGUUGGCCACCGUGACGGCGUCGCUGCGGUUGACGACCAGCGUGCCGUUGUUGGUGACGGCGCCCGAACCCAGCGUGCCGGUGGUGCCGCCGUUGCCGACGCUCAGCGUGCCGCCGGAGGCGAUGGUGGUGGUGCCGCUGUAGGUGUUGGCACCCGUCAGCGUGAGGGUGUUGGCGCCCUGCUUGUCCAGCGCGCCGGUGCCGCCGAUGGCAUUGGCGAUGGUGACGGCGUCGCUGCGGUUGACGCCAGCGUGCCGUUGUUCGUGACGGCGCCGGUGCCCAGCGUGCCGGUGGUGCCGCCGUUGCCGACACUCAGGGUGCCGCCCGCGGCGACGAUCGCUGCUGAUGUUGCCGCUGACGGUGAGGGCAUUGCUGCGGUUGAAGGCCAGCGUGCCGGUGCCGGUGAUGGCGCCGGAGCCCACGGCGCCGGUGGUGCCGCCAUUGCCGACGCUGAGCGUGCCGGCAUUGAUGGUGGUGGUGCCGCUGUAGGUGUUGGCGCCGGUCAGCGAGGUCGUGCCGGCGCCCUGCUUCACCAGGUCGCCGCUGCCGGCGAUGACGGCGGCGACGGUGCCGCCGGAGGCGAUGGUGGUGGUGCCGCUGUAGGUGUUGGCACCCGUCAGCGUGAGGGUGUUGGCGCCCUGCUUGUCCAGCGCGCCGGUGCCGCCGAUGGCAUUGGCGAUGGUGACGGCGUCGCUGCGGUUGACGCCAGCGUGCCGUUGUUCGUGACGGCGCCGGUGCCCAGCGUGCCGGUCGGUGCCGCCGUUGCCGACCGCCAGCGUGCCGCCCGUGGCGAUGGUGGUGGUGCCGCUGUAGCGCACCGUGCCGCCGAUGGCAUUGGCGAUGGUGAUGGCGUUGCUGCGGUUGACGACCAGCGUGCCGUCGUUGGUGACGGCGCCCGAGCCCAGCGUGCCGGUGGUGCCGCCGUUGCCGACGCUGAGCGUGCCGGCGUUGAUGGCGGUGGUGCCGCUGUAGGUGUUGGUGCCGGCCAGCGUGACGGUGCCGGUGGUCGACUUCACGAGGCCCACGGCGCCCGCGAGGACGGCGCUGACGUUGCCCGCCUGCACGUCGAAGUCCGUGGUGCUGGUGAGCACACCGCCGGCGGAGCCGGUGAUGCUGCCGCUUUGCAGCGACACCCCCGCCACGGUAUUGGUGCGCGUGUUGAUGUCGAGCGUGCCGCCGUUGACGACCACUUGGGCCGCACUCGGCAGGACAUUGUUGGCCGCCAGGGCCGCCGUGCCUGCGAUGACGUUGACCGUCGAGACCGUCAGCGAGCCGUUCAGCGACGUGUUGCCGUUGAGCGUGAGCGUGUUGGCCAGCAGGCUGGCGGUGCCGCUGAUGGUGUUGGUCGUCGAGGCGCCGUUGUUGGUGAUCAGCAGGGUGCCAGAUGCGCCUGCGCUCAGGUCGGCUCCGCCGUUGAUGGUCACCGCACCGGUGCCGUUGGUGUUGCCGCCGGUCGUGUUGGCGGACAGCGUGAGGCCGGUGGUCGCCAGCGUCGCGUUGUUGACCGUGAUGUUGCGGCCAGCCUCCAGGCUCAGUUUCCCGGACCCGCUGACGGUGACACCGUUGUUGACGAUGAUGUUGUUGUUGGCCUGCAGCCUCACGUCCUGCGCAUUCAGCAGCGUCUGGAGCGCACUGGCAUUCACCGUGCGAUCCGCAGUCGGGUUGCCGAAGUCGAUGUUGGCGGAGAUGGCGCCGGCACUGGUCGCGAUGGUGAUGUCAUCCGGGUCCAGCAGCAACUGGCCCAACUGCCCGUGUGCGGCGCUGAGGUCCGAGGCGCCGUCGAAGCUCAGGCCGUGCCGACCCGACACCUCCGCCUGCCCGCCGUUGCCACCCAGGCUGCCGCCGCGCGCACUCAGGCUGCCCAGGAAUACGGUGUUCAGCUCCGACCACAGCACCACCUGGCCGCCAUCGCCUCGGGUGCCGGCAUCGGCCUUCAGCCGCGCGCCGGGGCGCACGAUGAGCAUCUCGGCGUUCGUGAUGUCCGUGCCGGCGCCGUGGAAAUCGCCACCCACGCGGAUGCGCCCGCCGCCGGUGCCUCCGGACGCGUCCAGCUGCGCGCCCGAGCGCGCGCGCACGACGCCUUCGAGGUUCAGCACCGUGUCGGCAAAGCCGGCGCGCGCGACGGCGCGCAGCUCCGCGCUCUGCGUGGCGUUGAUCUGGCCGAGCUGGUUCAGCCGCGUUUCCAGGUUGUCGUCGUUGCGGGCGUUGAACAGCACGAGGCCGUCGCCCUCGACGUCGACCGUCACGUGGCUGGCCGCGGCGAGGCCGACGCGGGCGGCGUCGAUGCUGCCGCUGGCCGUCAGCUGCGGUGCGACGAGGACGACGGCGUCCGCGGCGCGGAUGCUGCCUUCGGCGCGCAGUUCACCGGCGCCUUCGGUCGAGGCGCCCAGGCGCAGCCGGCCGCUCUGCAGGUCGGCGUCGCUGAUGCUCAGCGUCGUGGCGACGAGGCUGCCGACAUCGACCUGCGAGCCCGGCGCGAAGUACACGCCGCGCGGGUUGCUGAGCACGACGCGGCCGUUGGCGUUGAUCUGGCCGAGGAUGCGCGUGGGGUCGUAGCCGAUGACGCGGUUGAUCAGCAGCGACUGCGAGUUGGGCUGGAUGAUGCGGACGGUUUCGCCCUUGUCGACCGAGAAGCUGCGCCAGUCGACGGCGGCCGUCUGGGUGGACUGGUUGAUCUGCAUCUGACCCGACUGCGGCGUCUGGAUCGUGACGUCGCCCUGCUUGACGAUGCCGCCCUGCGGCAGCGCGCCGGCGGUGACGGGCGCCAGCGCCGCGGCGAUGGCCCAGCUGAGCGGAUGGAUGCGCAGAUGCCAGUGGCUCGGUCGCGAGCUGCGGUCAGAAGGCAUGUCGAUCUCCCUGAUAGGUAUGCGGGGCGGCCUCGGCCGCCAGCUGGCAAUGUGCGGCUACUUGAUGAAGUAGGUGAGCUGGGCGUAGGCGCGGGUGCUGCUGCCCUUGGUGUCGCUCUUGGGCGUGCCAUUGGUGCGGCUGGCCACGCUCAGGCGCAGCGCGAACUCGCCGGCGCGCACCCAGGUGGCCGCCACGCCGGCGCCGCCCAGCGUCGCCGUGUUCACGAAGGUGUCGUCCUGCUGGAGCUGCGCGGACGGGUCCUUGCGGUACUUGAUGUGGCCGACGUCGUAGAAGAAGCUGACGACGGAUUCGCGGCCGAUGCGCCCGAACAGGGACUCGGGCGGCAGGAAGCGCAGCUCGAAGCUGCCGAUGACGCCGCUGUCGCCGGUGCCCUCGCCGGGGGCGAACGCGCGCACGCCGUCCGGGCCGCCGAGGCGGAACUGCUCGGUGGUGUCCAGGUUCUGCAGGCCCAUCUGGCCACGCACGGCGACGUAGGCGAGCAGGCGGUUGGUGAGGAUGUUCUGCAGCCGCGUGAAGCCGCCGGUCACCUUGCUGAAGUUGGCCGGGUCCUGGCCGGGCUGCUGCACGUCGAACUUGAGGCGGCCGGCGAUGCCCGCGAACUCGUAGGUGUUGACGCCGCCGCCGAGCAGGCUGUCGCGGAAGUCGCCGUUGCCGCCCAGCGCCAGCGUGUCGGAACUCUUCUUGACCGGCAGCGUCGCGGCGCUCUUGUCGCUGAACUGCUUGUGCUCCACCGACAGCAGCGAGAAGAAGUUCAGGUUGCGCGAACGGAUGACGGGGUACAGGCCGAAGCCGGUGACCGUCACGGCGUCGCCGGUGAGGUCGAGCGGGAAUUCGUCCUUGUCCAGCUGGUAGCGCACCGCCGAGAUGGACGCGCCGAGCUUCAGGCCGCUGCUGCCGACGGGCGUCGUGUAGUUGACGAGGCCGAAGAAGAGGCCGCCCGUCGUCGACGCGAGUACGUUGCCCGUCAGGCCGUCACCGCGGCCGAAGGGGCUGUUCAUCGUGGCCAGGCCGGUCAGCCGGAAGCGGCCGAGGAAGCGCGAGCCGUUGGCGUCGAGGUCGGCGCGGGCCGUCCAGGCGGCGUCGGCGCGCGGCGUGACGACCAGGCUGGCCGUGCCGGGCUUGCUGCCGGCCUGCACCUCGACCUGGGCGGUGAUGCCGCGCAGGUCGUUGACGAGGAAGACGACGCGCUCGACGUCGCGCACCUUGAGGAUGCUGCCGGGCUUCAGCUCGUCGAGAUAAGCCUGCACGACCUCGCGCUUCACCGGCAGCCCUUCGGUCCAGUUCAGCCGCACUUCAUCCAGCCGGCCCUCGAGCACGGCGAUGCGCACGACGCCACCGACCGUCUGCUGCUCGGGGAUGUAGGCAUAGCCCAGGUAGUAGCCCAGCUCGCUCUGCAGGAAGCGCGUCACCUCCGCGGCGGCGUUGGCCAGGUCCUCGAAGCUGCGCGACUUGCCAACGAAGGGUGCCGUCAGCCGGGCCAGCGCGGCCCUCAGUUCGGGGGGGGCGUCGUCCGCAACGCUGAAGGCCUCGAUGUCGAUGCGCAGGUCGUCGGCCGGCUUGCCGAGCUCGCGCGGGGGGGCAGGGCGGGGCACAUCGACGUCGCGGCGGGGCUGCGGUUUGGGGGCCAGUUCCUCGGGUGUCGGGACGCUGCCGGGCGGCGGCGUGGGUUGCGCCGACGUCUGGGCGGCGGCCAUGCCGAACACCGUCCACAGCCCGAUCGCGAGCAGUCCCCUCCUGAUCCCCUGAACCCCCUUCAUUAUUCGAACCCCUGCGUUGUAGUGGGGCGAGAGGCUAUCCGAACUGCAUGUCACGAACCAUCGGCGGACCCCCUCAAUCCUGACGCGAUAUCAAACGUCGGCGAAUGCCUAGGGUUUGCGCGCAUGUCUCAUCCGUUCGACAGUGCGCCGCCGCGCCAUUCACGGCGUGGCCGUGGUCUCCCGCUGAUCGCUGAAGCGGAACCAGUCGACGUCCAUGCCACCCGGGCGCCCGUUGCCGUCGUUGAAGCAAAAGAGGGCGUACUGCGGCCCCUGGAAGGUGCCGGUGCGCCAGUCGUAGACGAGAUCGAACUCGUCGCCGAGCGGGUGCCAGGUCUUGUCGCUCAGCCACGACAGCCGGCCGCGUGCGCGCACGAAGUCCAUCUCGGCGCGCAGCACCACGGCAUCGCCGGUCACCGCGGCGCGCGUACCGGGCAAGACGGUUGGCGACUGCUUGUCGCCGUUGUCGAUGAAGUCGAUCGUCACGUUGGCGUUGGCCGUCGUGCCGGCGGGGAUGUCGCCGAGCGUGACGGGGAAGCCCGUGCGCACGACCGGCGAGCAGGCCGCGCCGCCGGUCUGGCGCAGCGUGAGGCCGGCCAGGCGCACGCCGUAGGCCGUGCCCGGGCCGGCGUUGGUGAACGACAGCGUCCAGACGCGGGCGUCCGCCGUGCCGGCCUUGGUGGCGAUGCUGCCGCUGAGCCACGUGUGGUUGUCGGCCUGGCCCCAGAUGGUGACCGAGUCGAUGAGGCCGUUGAGCUGGCGGAAGGCGUUGAAGUAGUUGCGCCAGGCGUAGCCGAGCUGGGCGUGCACGGCCGCGGGGAUGUCCUCGUAGGUCGCGUAGAACGGGCCGUUGUCGCUGACCUUGAUGUCCAUCUCGGUCACCUGCUGCGACAGGCCGGGGAAGGCCGUGGCCAGCGAGCGGACCAUGUUGGUCACCGCGGCGGGCGAGGGGUAGCCCAGCGAGAUGUGCAUCUGGUGGCCGACGCCGUCGAUGGGCACACCGCGCGCCUUCAGGCCGGCGACGAGCUUGUGGAUGCAGGCGAGCUUGGCGGUGUCGGUCGUGCUGUAGUCGUUGUAGUAGAGCUUGACGUGGGCCGGCAGCAGCGCGCGGGCGGUGCGGAAGGCGGUGUCGAUGAAGUCGGUGCCCGUCAGCAGGUACCAGUUGCUCUUGCGCAUGCAGUCGGCCUGCGACGCGUCAAUGACCUCGUUGGCGACGUCCCAGGCGUAGAAGCUGGCGACGUUGGGUGCGAAGUGGUUGAGCACGUUGGUGAUGUGGUCCACCUCGCGCUGCAGCACCAGGGCCUUGCUGGCCGGCGAGGGCGUCAGCGCGGCACCGUUGGCGUCCUGGAAGACCCAGGCCGGCACCUGUUCAUGCCAGGCCAGCGUGUGGCCGCGCAGCUUCAGGCCCUUGGCCUUGGCGAAGGCGACCUGGGUGUCGGCGGCGGCGUAGGUGAACACGCCUUGCUGGGCCUGCAGCGAGCUCCACUUCAUGUCGUUCUCGGACACCAGGCUGUUGAAGUGCUUGGUGACGAGGUCGGCCUGCACGCCGCUGAUGCCGCCGUUGUAGGCGAUGGUGCCGAUGGGGAAAUAGGCCAGCUGGCUCUGUGCCACCGAAGGCAGGCCCGUCUCGAUGCUGGGCGGCGGCACGUAGGCCACCUGCACGUCGUCGAUGAGGAAGGGGUUGGUGUCGGCGGACUCGAAGUACAGCGUCAGCUUGCUGUUGGCGAGCGCGACGGGGUAGGUGCCGGUCAGGCGGACCCAGGUCGACGAGCCGACGGCCGUGCUGUUGAUGACGGUGUGGUACGUCGUGAUCGUGCCGGCGUCGCGCUGCAGGCUGAUCUUGAUCUGCGACGUGGCGCUGCCGGCGCUGGCAUGCAGCUUGGCCCAGGCGGUCACCUUGUAGGUCGAGCCGUUGAACAUCACGUUCGUGACGUCAUACGCCGGGCCGGCCCAGGUGCCCUGGCGCGCGGUGGCCAGCAGCGACUGGCUGCCGCCGUGAGCGCUUUCGGACGAGUUCGCGAGGGUCGCGCCGCGGCCGAACCAGCCCUGCGUGCUGCCCUCGAAGGUGGACGACAGGCCGGUCGUGUUCGGCGGCAGGCCCGGUGCGCCGGAGACCAGCGCGACCGUCACGUCGUCGAUGUAGAACGGCGCCGUCGCGCUGCUGGACUCCAGUCCAUCCGCCAUCCGCUCACCUGGGUGCCCUCGCUCUACCUCGCCAUGGGCCUGCCCAACGUGAUGGUCGGCGUCGUCGCGGCCAUCAUCUACAAGAACCUCGGCGUCUCCAACGAGGACAUCGCGCUCUACACCUCGCAGAUGUACCUGCCCUGGGUGCUCAAGCCGCUGUGGGCGCCGCUGCUGGAGGCCUACCGCAGCAAGCGCUUCUGGGUCAUCAGCAUGGAGUUCACGAUGGCCGCCGGGCUCGGCCUCGUGGCGCUGUGCCUGCCGCUGGACGGCUUCUUCAAGCUCUCGCUGGCCUUCUUCUGGCUCGUCGGCUUCGCGUCGGCGACGCAGGACACUUGUGCCGACGGCGUCUUCAUGACGACCGUCUCCAAGCGCGACCAGGCGCGCUACGCCGGCCUGCAGGGCAUGUGCUGGAACAUGGGUGCCGUCGUCGCCUCCGGCCUGUUCGUGUCGCUGACCGGCUACCUGCACAACCACAUGGGCAUGAGCUGGGUGGAGUGCUGGGUCAUCGUCGUGUCGCUCGCCGCCGCCGCCAUGGCCGCCUUCGGCCUGUGGCAUGUGCGGGUGCUGCCGCCCGGUGCGCCGUCCACGCUGCAGGGCCAGGGCCUGAGCGGCGGCUACACCGCCACGCGCGAGGCCUGGGUCACCUUCUUCAAGAAGCCGCAGAUCUGGAUGAUGCUGGCCGUCAUCUUCUUCUAUCGCUUCGGCGAGGGCUUCAUCGAGAAGUUCGGCCCGCUCUUCCUGCUCGACGCCACCGCCAACGGCGGCCUGGGCAUGGACAACGAGGCGCUGGGCCACAUCAACGGCACCGUCGGCACGCUGACCUUCAUCGCCGGCGCCUUCCUGGGCGGCUUCCUUGUCGCCAAGCGCACGCUGCCGCGCAGCUUCUUCACGCUGGCCCUGGUGCUCAACAUCCCGCACCUGACCUAUUUCUACCUGGCGCAGUCGAUGCCGACGGACACGCUGACCAUCGCCGUCAUCGUCUCCAUCGAGAAGUUCGGCUUCGGCAUGGGCUCGGUGGGCCACAUGCUCUACAUGAUGCAGCAGAUCGCCCCCGGCCCCUUCCGCAUGGCCCACUACGCGAUGGCCACCGGCGUCAUGGCGCUCACCAAGUGGAGCACCGGCAGCGUCAGCGCGCUGCUGUGGAACGGCGUGGAGCACAACUACGUGAGCUUCUUCGGCUGGGUGCUGGUGUUCUCCGUGCCGCCGGCCGUCGAAGCCCACGUCCUUCAUCAGGUUGGCCAGCGCCGUGAUCGUCGGCCCGCUGCCCGCAUGGCCUUCGGCCGACAGCGUGCCCCAGCUGUUGUACGUGGCGCCGCCCACGGCCAGGAUGACCUUGAUGUUGCGGGCGUGCAGCACGUCGAUGGCGGCCUUGAUGUCCGACGGUCGGCCGUUGAAGUUGAUGCCGGUGCCCGACCAGUUGUUGGCCGCCAUGCCGCCCCACGUGAAGUUGGGCUGCGCGAACGCAGCGACGACGUGGGUGUAGUUGGCCGGGAUGCGCGCCAGGUUGCUGGCCUGGAAGACCUGGUUCAUCGUCUUGCCGGUGGCAUCGAACCAGUUGUCGCUCCAGCUCGGGUAGUAGACGGU